AUGGAGACGGUCACCUCUAGCCAGUUUGUGAUGAUUGAGGGCCGCAGAAUCGCCGGUGACAGCCUCGAGGAGACCGGAGCGGCGUCAGCUGCUCCCGCUUCAUUGUCCUUCUUCUCUGGUCCCGGCGGACUCACCUCGACCACUGGCCAUCCGAUGGGUCUGGCGCCGACCGCUUCAACUAGUCUCUCAGCCUCACUCGUCCCACUACAUCAUCAUCAUCACCACCAUCAGCAGCAACAGCAGCAGCACCAUCACACACGUUACCCCUGCCUACCGGUCCAUCUGUUAGCCAGCAAGCCAAACAACGGCGGACCACAUGCGACGGGGCAACUCCGGCCCCGGACUCAUCGUCAUCAUCGUGAUCGCCAUCAGCAUCUUCACAAGCGGCCCCAAUAUCAGCGUCAUUCUUCACAUGCCGUCGGCUCAUUCCAUCAACUCUACAACCCACAGUCUCAGAUGUUUACGGCCAAGGCGACCGGUCGGGAGGCAACAAAGCCUGAGACCCCGACACGUCAA